AAGGCAACUAUUAUAAAUAAUUGUUUAAUAUCUGUUUUAAUACAUAGCGCAGGUAAGAAACAUUCUUUUCUUUUUUUAACUCCAAAGAAUGUUUCUAAAAAACUUGUACAAUAAAAGCAAAAAUGGUAAGAAACGUCUUUCACUCCAAGUAUAAUAGUUUUGUAUAAUUAGUAUUUUUGAAGUUAUAGACUGAAAGCAAGAGAUUAAUGAUUGUUACUUAAAACUUCAUUAUUUGCUAAAUAUUAUAUUUGUUGGGACUACUUAUGAAAUUACUAUAAGUUAACUGUUUUUUCUAGUUAAUGUAUAUUAUUAUAACUUGCUGCAAUUAAAAACUGUGUUUUGAAAAAUAAAUUAAUUGUCAAACUAAUUUUGUAUCGAUUAUUUCUUUUUGAUGAAAUACCGUAUGUUUAGAAUUAUAAGGAUGAUUGCCCACGGCUGUGAAUUAGAAAAUAUUGCGCAGCAUAUAGGUGUAUUGCGUCGAUUAGUUUUAUGUACACAAUUGUCGCCACGACAACGGUAUGUAUAAGCUAAGAUAUACGUGUACUAAAGAAGCAAAAGUACUUUGUAUUUGGUGAAAGUGAACAAAAUCUCUUACAAAAUGUCUUUACAUACAACACCAAUUCUUUAUUUAAAUAUGGGUGGUGAAAUGUUAUAUGUUCUACGACAAAGAUUGAAGGCACAGAAGAUUAGUGUUGAUAAAACUAUCCAAGUAUUAGACGAUGUAACUACAGCAUUACUUAAUCCCAAAAUAUUGUCUUCUAUAUUUGUGGAAGAACCUUUGACUGAAAUGUCUAUCCUACGAUCUACUUUGGAAUGCGUUGUGUUAUCAUCAAUUGUGAAACUUGAUAUAAAUAGUAUGAAUAAACUGUUUGAUUUAAUGACUAUGAUGGUUAAGUAUCAGUUAACUGCAGCUACUGGUCCUAGAGAAGUUAUUCUGUUAACGUUAAAUCAUACAGAUGCGAUGCGCGAUAUGGUCAGUAAUACAAAUGCACAACAAUGUAUUGGAUUGGUACAUCAUAUGGUAAUUGAUUUCUAUGAUCAUUUAACUUGCGAAGACGUUUGGAAUGCCAGAAACGAUUGUUUAAAACUAUUGAAGCCGUAUUGCGUAAAAGUAUCUAUUCUUCUCAGUCUUGGAUUGCAAAAUGACGAUGGUAGUUUUAAUUUAGUACAUCAUAAGUAUAAUGAAAAAUAUGAAGAAAAUAGAAGUUGUUAUUCUGGCAUGAAAUUGCAUGAUAUGGAUUCCAAACAUUGCUGUGGCGGUUCUUUUAAUCUUUGCGAUGAUCGCGGCACUUUGCUAGGUAAAAACAUGUAUUCAAUGACAUAUGAAAUGUCAAAAUUGGCAUCUAAGCAAAAAAAUGAGGCUCAAUUAAAAGACUGUGGUGCAAAAGCAGAACUUGGUAUGUUGGCUGUUCAAUUGGGAACCGAAGAAACUUCAUAUAAACGACCUUUUACUUUGAAUUUAUUAUCAAACGACGAUUCCGAUAAUGUAGAAGAUUCUGAUCCUAAAGAAGACAGUAAAAAUGAUAUGGCUGCUACGAAACACGAAAAGACUGUAUUUAAUGAAGAAUAUAAAACAAAACUCGAUAAUGUUCGUGCAGAUUUUUCUGAAGAUAAACUUAAGGAACUGGAACAUCAAAUGUUGAUUUUGGAGAUCUUAGAGAAAGCAGAAUAAUUUUGUUGGAUUUACUUUUAAAUUAUUUAAUAAUAAUGAUGCAAUAAAUAAAAAAUACUCUCUUGUACAUUUUGUCUAUACUUCUACACCAGCAUGUUACAGUACGAAUAAAUAUUUCUUCAUACAAUAGUAAA